UCAAGUGUUCAACUUAGAUAAUUUAGGGCACCAAGGAAUUUAGCAAAUAAAAACGAGUUUGAAACACGAUUGAAAGAGCUCCGAGAGAGAAAAAAAAAAGCAAAGGGUAGCCGCUGGUUCUUCUCCUCUCCGGUGAAGGCGCGUCAGCGCCAGAUCUGUGAGGGGAGAGUUGAUAAAAGUUUCUCUUUUGGUUCUACAAGUUUAGUGAGUCCAUUGGUGUUUAUUGGUGUGGUGUUUGUGUUUAGAGGUUUUCCUUAGAUUUGGAUUUCUCAGAUCUGAUUUGGUCGGUAUCUCCUCGCAUAGCGGCUUCCUUUGCGUCGUUGGUCAGCUGUGUCUCUGGCAUCGGCGCCUUUCUUUGCGUCGUUGGCCAGCUUUGUGUCUGGCAUCGGUGGCUUUCAUAGCGUUGUUGGUCAGCUUUUCCUCCAACAUCGACGGCUUCUCUAGCGUUUUUGGCCGGCUCUUUCUCCGACAUCGGCGUCUUUCAUAGUGUCUUUGGUUGGCUUUUUAGGUUGUCUUUCAGGGUCGUAUAAAUCUCUCUGUUUUAGUGUAGGUCAGUUUAGGCUAUGGUUCUACGGGUAAUCUGAAACUGUGGUAUGACUGUCUUACUUCCAUGUCCCUUGUUGUUAGGCUGAGGUCAUAGUUUGCUAGCUCUUUGGUUUUCGUUCUCUUGCUGCUCUUGAUGAUGUUCAUUGUUGAGCUUUAUUUGAUCUCUUCGGUUCGAUUGUGUGCUUCUCUUCUCGGAGUUUAGUGUUUCCCGGUUUGAGGUUUUGUUUCACUCCUCGUUUCUACUCUCAAGACCUGAUCGAGGUAUGCUCUGUUCAUGGCUUUUAUCGAGGCAAUAACAUGUCGUGUUUACAACAUCGCCAUUCCAAAAGAUUUAUGGGAAUUGUUCUUUGUGUUCCUUGCCUUUCUUGUCGGAUAUGAAGUCUAGGUUUAAUUUCUUUGUGAGGUACCCUGGCUGCAUAAUAGGAGGUCUCGUUAACUGCAAGAUAGACGCAAGUUGUCCUUUGUGGCUAGCUUUGCUCACAUUGGUAUGGGUGAUAAUUUGGGCAAGUUCUUUUUUUUUGAGCUCUUAGUUUAACUCUUUGACUUUAGAUUAUUGUCUGUUUACAUUCUCUCGAUGAAUUAAAUGUUUGUAAUCUAACAACGUAAUCUGAAUCCUUUUAUGAAUUAUUCAUGUGACCAAAAAAAAAUUAGGGUACCCAACAUUCAUAAAUGGAACUGAAUUAACACUUAACACCAACCAGAAUUAUCAUCAGAAUCGCAAAAGUCAAAAAUUAGUGGAGAGUAAUUUUACAUUAGCUUCAUCCGACCAAUGAACACAUGCCACGUCAUAUAAAAAUCCAAAAAAUCCAAUGAAGAAGAGAUUAAAAAAGUGCUUUAAAAUUACAGAAUCACCACUCUUCGUAUCCCUUUCCCCUCACAAAAACACUUCCUUUGGCUUUGGCCGCUCUUUUUCUUGCUCUUCUCUCUUCUCUCUUCUCGUCGGAGCUCGCGAAAGCUCUCCUCAGAAAUCAAAAACCCUAAAAGCUCUCUUUUUGAUUCUUCAAUACAUAAGCACAUACUGUAUCUAUACAUAUAUACAUUCGUUGUGUAUUCUCGAAACAAUGGAGUUCACUUUGGCUUCCGUCACUGAUCUCACUUCCCCUGACUCAUCUCUUUCGUCUUCGUCCGUCGUAGCUUCGUUUUCGUGCGAUGGUGAAGUCAAGGAACUCCGAUUUCAGGAAUCUGAAUCGGCCCAUGGUUUCAGUUUUGAUCUUAGUUCGACUCAGUUGUUCAAGUUGGGGCCGCUUCAGUUCGUUUUUGUAUCUGAUAGUUCGAUUUCUUCGGCUAAGGAGGAGAAGUCAUUCUCUCGAGGAGUUGUGAUAAAAUUUAGAGAUGACAAGGAAAGCAAGGAGUUUUGUGAUUCGUUUGAGGAAUGGACAAAGGAUGCUGUUAAGCAAGGAUCAACCUUGCCGAAUGGAACAGUCUCAGUUAAUAAAAGCAAGUUUGAUGAUAAGAUAGAGGCUGCUUCAGCCAAAAUGUAUUUCCAUUAUUAUGGACAGCUUUUACAUCAGCAAAACAUGCUACAGGAUUACGUGAGGACAGGUACAUAUCAUGCUGCAGUCAUGGAGAAUCGUUCAGAUUUUGCUGGUCGUGUUGUUGUAGAUGUGGGUGCUGGAAGUGGCAUUUUGUCAUUGUUUGCGGCACUGGCUGGGGCCAAGCAUGUGUAUGCUGUGGAAGCAUCAGAAAUGGCUGAAUAUGCCCGUAAGCUGAUUGCUGGAAACCCAUUGCUUGCUGAAAGGAUCACAGUCAUCAAGGGAAAGAUUGAGGAUAUUGAGUUGCCUGAGAAGGCUGAUGUUUUGAUCUCUGAACCAAUGGGCACCCUAUUGGUCAAUGAGAGGAUGUUGGAGACAUAUGUUAUUGCUAGGGACCGAUUUCUGUCGCCAGGCGGAAAAAUGUUCCCAACAGUUGGAAGGAUCCAUAUGGCACCUUUCGCCGAUGAAUUCUUAUUUGUUGAAAUGGCAAAUAAGGCUUUGUUUUGGCAGCAACAGAACUAUUAUGGAGUUGAUUUGACACCUCUCUACGUGUCAGCCCACCAGGGUUAUUUUUCCCAGCCCGUUGUUGAUGCAUUUGAUCCAAGAUUAUUGGUGGCUCCCUCGAUGUCUCAUGUGAUAGAUUUCACUAAAAUGACGGAAGAACAAUUUUACGAGAUUGAUAUCCCGUUAAAGUUCACAGCUUCAUUGUGUACCAGAGUGCAUGGACUUGCGUGCUGGUUUGACGUUCUCUUUGAUGGGAGCACUGUUCAAAGAUGGUUCACAACGGCUCCUGGUGCACCAACAACCCAUUGGUACCAAAUAAGAUGUGUUCUCUCGCAGCCUCUUCAUGUCAUGGCAGGGCAAGAGCUCACUGGUAGACUUCAUUUGGUUGCCCACAGUGCUCAAAGUUACACAAUCAAUUUAACACUCUCAGCUAAAAUGUGGGGACCCGGUGCCAAUCAAGGUGGAAUACUACAGACAUCAUCGUGCAAACUCGAUCUGAAGGAGCCCUAUUAUCGAAUGUCUCAGCCGCAAGUAUACCCUACACAGGAACCACAAGCUCAGCCGGAGGACAUACAUACACAGGGUGAUGACUUGGACGAAGUAGAGUUACUACAACAUAACGUAAACGCUCAGCUCUAGAACUAGAACUAGAAGAACUAGAACAAAGAUUCUUGUAGCAACACUGGAACCUUUCUGUUGCUCCCAUCCGUGUUUUUAUACUGUGUUUGGUUUUUUAUGUUAGACCCGUAAUUUUCAGACAUUAAAUCUUGCAUAUUGAUGUCUGGUUCGACUCUA